AUGGAGGCGAAGUGGAUGAUUAUAUUGUUCUGGACAUGCUGGAGUUUCUGUGCUGCUGCUGUAAAUGAGUUCUACUCUUCAACAGAUCAUAUGACGCAGCUUAUAGACAUCAAAGCCCAGUUUGCCAAGAGUCUUGAUGAAUCUAUAGAAGCACUGGAGAGCCAAGCAGAUCUUCUGAGAGAGGCUCUGAAUGCACUUGAGGAUGACUUUGAUGACACUCCCAGAGAUCCGGAGGAAUUCAUCAGCAACCCUCUCGCAGCGUUUCAGCUCGUCCGAAAACUGAGUCAAGCCAGGGACGCUACACAGGAACUUAUCGAAGGAAGACCUGCAAAAGACACGUUGGAAAGCCUGAGAUCUGCAGCUCAGACUCUCCCCAGAGCAGAAGAUGUAGACGGUGUGGUGACAGCUUUGGUUAGACUUCAAGAAAUGUACAGAUUAGAUCCGAGGAACAUCUCUUUAUUUUCUGAAAUGAAGCACAACGUAACGCUGGAUCCAGAUGAAACUUUCCAUAUCGCCAUGAUCUCCUCUCUCAAUCAACGCUUUCAGUAUGCCGUCCUCUGGAUGGAGGAAACCCUCAGGAAACUCAAUGAGGGGGAAGAAGCUGGCGUUACUAAAGAAGAGGUUAUUUAUCAGCUUGCAUCGUUGUCCCAUCAGCUGGCAGUGAUUCAGCCGUCAAGUGGGCAAAAAGCCACUGAGAGAAACCUGCUUCGGCCUGAACUGUACUCGAGCAUAAUAGAGAGCAUUGAGACGUGGGACUGGAUCACAGCACACAUCGCUCAGCUUUCCACGGAUGAAUCGUAUGAGGCUCUGUGCACUGGAACCAAGCUUACGAUGACGCCACAAAGAGAGAGAAAGCUGGUGUGCAGGUACAGGACAGGAAGAGGAAACCCGCUGAGGAUUUUCAAAGAGGAAGUGGAGUGGGACGAGCCUAUGAUCCUACGAUACCAUGACUUUCUCUCUGAAGGAGAGAUCGACACCAUCAAAACACUGGCCAGGCCAAAGCUUUCCAGAGCUAAAGUCAUAGAUCCAGUGUCUGGAAGAAAAGUUUCUGCUGCCUCUCGUGUGUCAAAAAGCGCAUGGCUCUCUGAACAUGAAGAUCCCGUGAUCUCUCAGCUCAACCAGAGGAUCGCUGGUGUCUCUGGUCUAGAGCUGGAGACCGCUGAGGAGCUCCAGAUCGCAAAUUAUGGAAUUGGAGGCCAGUAUGAGCCACAUUAUGACUCAAAGUUGACAAAUGACUCAGACUUUCAGCUCCGAGGAGGCCGGAUUGCUACUGUCCUUAUCUAUAUGAGUGAUGUGGACAUCGGUGGAGCCACAGUGUUUCCUGACGUUGGCGCAGCACUUCAGCCAAAGAGAGGCACAGCAGUGUUGUGGUUUAACCUGCUGAGAAACGGAGAUGAGGAUGCCAGAACUUUACAUGCAGCAUGUCCUGUGUUUGUAGGCAGUAAAUGGGUUGCCAACAAGUGGAUUCGUACGUAUGGGCAAGAGUUCAGAAGAAGGUGCUCUACAGUCGAAUCUGAUUAGAAGAGCCAUCCAGCUCAGAGACAAUGUGACGUCAUGGCAGAAAUGCAUUCACACUAACUCCAGUGUUUUAUUACUUCAGUUUAUUGUUAUCAUUUGUUUUGUGGUAUAUUUUAUCUGCUUUAU